AUGAGAAGAGUGAAUGGAGAAAUUGAAAAAUUUCAGGGUUCUGAAGGCAAGAAGGAAGAUGAAGAAAAGAAAUACCUUGAUGUUAUUAGCAACAAAAACAUAAAGCUCUCAGAAAGAGUUCUGAUCCCUGUCAAACAGUAUCCAAAGUUCAAUUUUGUUGGGAAGUUGCUUGGACCAAGAGGAAACUCCUUGAAGAGGUUACAAGAGGAAACGGGCGCAAAAAUGUCCAUCCUGGGGAAAGGAUCCAUGAGGGAUAAAGCUAAGGAGGAAGAGCUAAGGAAAAGUGGAGAAGCCAAAUACGCGCACUUGAGUGAUGAGCUUCACGUAUUAAUUGAAGUGUUUGCUCCACCUGGGGAGGCGUAUUCUCGGAUGAGUCAUGCCUUGGAAGAAAUAAAAAAAUUCCUCGUUCCCGACUAUAACGAUGAAAUUCGCCAGGAGCAGCUGAGAGAACUGUCGUAUUUGAACGGUUCUGAAGAUUCAGCACGUGGACGAGGCAUUCGAGGAAGAGGGAUCCGUGUGCCACCUGCAGCUCCUUCAAGGGGACGCGGGGGUGCGAUUCCUCCACCCCCGCCUGGACGAGGUGCCCAAGCGCCCCGAGGAGCACCGGUCACCCGUGGAGCCCUCCCUGUCCCACCAGUGGCGAGAGGUGUGCCCACCCCUAGAGCAAGGGGUGCCCCAGCGGUCCCGGGCUACAGACCACCCCCACCACCUGCACACGAGGCCUAUGAAGAAUAUUUUGCAAUAAAAAUAUCUUGCCAUUUUGUAAAGACUUGUAAGCGCAUUCUAAAUCAUCUUGGUACCUUAUGGACUCAGAUGAUAAUUAAAACACUGUUGAUGCGCGAUGACCACUUCUUUUUGCUCCUCUCAGGGGACGCGGGGGUGCGAUUCCUCCACCCCCGCCUGGACGAGGUGCCCAAGCGCCCCGAGGAGCACCGGUCACCCGUGGAGCCCUCCCUGUCCCACCAGUGGCGAGAGGUGUGCCCACCCCUAGAGCAAGGGGUGCCCCAGCGGUCCCGGGCUACAGACCACCCCCACCACCUGCACACGAGGCCUAUGAAGAAUAUGGAUACGAUGAUGGAUAUGGGGGUGAAUAUGAUGAUCCAAGCUAUGAGGCAUAUGAUAACAGCUAUGCCACCCAAACACAAAGGUAAGAGUUUGUACUUUAAUGUUGCAAAGAACACUUUUGUCUCUUAG